AUGUCCGGCACCGGUUCACCUUCACAUUCCAACCCAACAUCCCGUCCGGCUACUCCUGGUAGUUUGCCGCAGGAUUCGGAGACCAAAGGGAAGAUUACGAUGCUCAUCGGUAUCCUUAGGAAGUUCCUCGGAGUUGCGGAUCUGGCGGGCGUGCGAUUCUCACUGCCGGCGAACUUGAUGGAACCGAUCCCGAAUUUGGAAUAUUGGAAUUACCUUGACUACCCGAACGCAUUCGCCAAUAUAGGAGAAUCCGAUGACGAUCUCGAAAGGUGCCUUGCCGUUCUUACCUUCUGGUUCACAAAGGACUUGAAAUUUAUCAAGGGGAAGCCAUGCAAAGUACGCCACAAUAUACCGAGCGAUGUUAAUAAUGUGGGAGACCCUACUAACAGUCUUCAGCCUUAUAACUCGACACUUGGGGAGUUCUUUAGGUGUCACUGGGACGUCGAGAAUACCGAAGGGUCAGAUGCAAAGCCAACCCGCAUAAGCGCCAGGUUUACUGGAACCUCAAUUCGCGUGGCUCCCGGCAAUCACAACCUCGGGAUAUUCAUCGAUAUUCAUAACGGUAGAAUUAACGAGACCUGGAACCUUACACACCCUGCCGCACACCUUGGUGGUUUAUUGACUGGUGCCCUAAGUAUAACGGUCCAAGAUAUUUGCUAUAUCACCUGCCCGAAGCUCAAGCUCAAAGUUAUCCUGCAUUAUCUCGACGAGCCGUGGGUCGGAAGGUCCAAAUAUAGGGUUGAGGGUGUGAUUUUUAAAUAUGACCCAGAAAACGACACCAUCACAAGGAUAAAAGAUGUCCCCGAUAAGGAUAUCAAAGCCCGGAUUGACGGCUGCUGGAUAUCCGAGCUAUACUAUACACCCGCCGGAUCAAAGGAGAAGAAACUUAUUGUGGAUGUGAAGCCAUUAUUCCCAGCUACCAAGUUUGUUCCUUCCAACGAGGACCAGUUAGACAACGAGAGCAGAAAGAUGUGGCAAAAGGUCACGGAUGCAAUUCUUUCGAAAAACUUUAAUGAGGCAACAAGGCUGAAGGUCGAAAUUGAGGACCAGAAACGAAGGGAAGCCGCUGAGCGUGACGCUCAGAACUCUACCUUUGUGCCUCAGUACUUCGUCGUGGGAGGGGAACCUGGUAUCCCGACUCUCAAGGAGGAAGGCCGAGCGAUUUUAGAUGCGAUGAGCAAAGGCGACUAUAAGAUGACAACUCUCAACUCUACAAGCUAA